CACGCCGAGGAGUCGCCCAGCGCUCCCAACCCAUAUGAUAUUAAAACAAGGACUCCUGUCUUUGCGCUGCCUGCACUAGACAACCCAAACCCCUUGCUCCAUGUCUCGUCCGAUGCGGCAACUAGACUUCUUGAGUAGUUCCGGACCGAAAACCUGAACUAUCUUCCCUACAUCUAUAUACCGCCCCAUGUCACCCCUCAAGAACUUAUGAAAGAGAAGCCAUUCUUCUGGUACUGCCUUACUGCAGUCCUGACGCCGAACCUGACUCAGAGAGAAUCCCUGUUCACCAAAGUGCAUAACACUAUUUACCAAGAGCUUCUUGUGGACAUUGCCCCUAACAUGGACAUUCUUCUCGGCCUUAUGACCUUCAUGUCCUGGAAAAUCUACUGCGCAAAGCCAUUUCUUAACUUCUACAGCCACAUACUGACCGGCGUGGUCUGCGAGCUGGGUAUUAACAAAGCUCCACUCAAUGAACAAACAAUCUUACAAGGGUUUAACCGAGCGGCUGGUCUAAAGACAGAUACCGCUAUGAGCAGAACGUUAGAGGAGCGAAGGGCAGUGCUGGGGUGCUUUCUGAUCACUUCAAGUAUCGCCUCAUCGCUAUUUAAGAGUGAUGCCUUGCGUUGGACGCCCCAUAUGGAAGAAAGCCUCGAGAUCUUGGCUAGCACGAAAGAGUGCGUUGGAGACGAGCUGCUGGUAUGGCUCGUCAGGAUUCAGUUGGUGGUCGACAAAUCUUAUCAUCUUCGCCGCGACGGCGAGAACUCGCAUUCAUCACCGUUGGUUACGGACCUCUUGCAAUCCCAGCUGGACUCGAUCAAGCGCCAGAUACCUUCGCAACUGACGAAAAAUAAUGUCAUCAGUAUGUACUUCUCGAACGCUGAACUUGCGAUCCACGAGGUAUUUAUUAAAGCUCCCAUCCCGACCAACUGCCCAGACCCCCAGGGCCUCAAAAGUCUUCACAUAUCCCUUCUCGCUACAAAGUCGUGGUUGGAUGUCUGGUUGUGUGUUCCCCCAGAACACUAUUUGGCAGUAUCUUUUACCAUACUCUUCCAGUUCUGUCGAGCCUUGGUGAACCUGUUCAAGCUUUCCACCCUGGACGAUCCAUCCUGGGACAAGAAUGCUGUUCAAGACAGCGUAAAUCUUCUUCAUUAUCUCGACCAGCUGCAAAUUAAUUUCAAAAGGUCAUCCGACCAUCUCGGCCAAGAUGCGGAAGCGAACAUAUUUGCAAAGGGCGUGAAGAUGAUAACCGCUAUCAAAGAAAGAUGGGGACCGUCCUUGAUGCAGGCCCGGCAGUACUUGCCUGCCACCGAGGUGGCUAACCCGACCUUGCAGAAUACAUUGGGCAACUCAGACGAUUUCAGACUUGACGGUAUUGACGAUGUAUGGAUGAUGGAACUCCUGGGAUUCUUGUAGCAAAUGACAAUUUGUUUGCCAUCUUACUGAAGAGCAUCGUGCCGUUGUGUUCUUGUGUGUCCAGAUAUGCGAGAGAACAAUUCUCGCACAGCGUAAUGAGCCCAUCGGGAAUGAUAUGAACGGGGCGUGAGCGGGCUGAUAGCAAGAAAUCUAUUUAUCGAAGGAUUUGCUGCAUAGAAGUUG